UCCCCACCUCUAGCAAAACGUCAAACCUCUCCGUUGCGUGCGGGUGCUUGUCGGAGACCGUCAGUUUAAUUCAGUUCGCGUUGUUUCGCAAGCCGCGUAAACGUCAAUUUUAUAGUGACAUCACAAAAAAUUGGGGCGUGUGUGUUCAGUGAUAUUUAAAUAUUGUUAAAUAACACGAGAAAAUGUCUUUCAACACCGACAUAUCGAGCAAAUUGGAGAAUAGCAGGAACACCCUGCGCAAAAUUGCCCGCCAUGAUGAUACAGAAUUCUCAAAGCAGAGCAUACUCAAUGACAUGGAGAAGUUCGUCAAAAUGGUGAAUGUGAUGGACGAGACGGUGCUCGUGCCCAGCCGCCUGAUGAACUUGCCGCAGGAGGGAGACGAUGACCCAUUCAACAUGUUCGCCAUGCUGAAUGACCUAAAGACUGAGCUGCUCUGGUCCAGCGGGGACGCAGAGGAGCAUGUGGAGCGGGGCAGGAGGGUGUCCGACCUCAGUGACACGGAGAGCGAUGCGUCCAGCGCGGCCGGAGACUCCGGGAUCGAGGGCGAGGACGAGCGGGAGUCGGCGGCGCGGGCUGCGGCCGCGUGCCGGCGACACCUGCGUGGCCUGCGCCGCUCCCUCCGCUCGCUGACCGCCGCCGCGGCGCACCUCACGAGAUCAUACCAAGAAGAAGUCGGUGCACCGGUGUAGGACGAAUGCCUACGUAAUAUUCCUGUGAUUGAAGCCUGUCCCGGCACGUGCUGUACAUAUAGAGUAAGCGGGCCGAACUGUACAUAUAGGUUAAUAGGGCCCGGCGUGUAUGGGAUUCUCAGUAAGUUAAAGGUUAUUUAAUAAAUUAAAUUUUUAAUUA